AUGGUGGUGACGGCUGAAAAUAUUAUAUGGCUUCCUAAGGAGACAAGCGAUGACGACAUCCUUGUAUCUUGCGGACUUAGUCCUAAUACCUACAAAAUUAUCGACACUCCUCCCUCAGCCGACGGCCGACACAAACCUGAAACAACACCUCAUCGCUUACUUUUGUAUUUUGAUGACCGCGGAAUUAUAAAGAUAUAUAGUCAGGCACAAAAUGCGCUAGGGAAUACCUUUAUCACAAGUAUCGGCUCCGAUGACGAUCGUACACGAUUCAGCAAAGUUGGUAUUCUGCCCUGGGGUGAACCAACAUGGUAUUUUAGGAUAUUUGGGGCGAUGCGGAUUCGCAAGAUUGUGGAGAUAUCAGGUAUGAUGAAUAAUAUGGGAUCAGGCUUAAUUAAAAUUCUAGCUAAAAAAUAUGUCAAGACUUGGAUCCGAACACUCGCUGAGCUCAUCAUUUAUAGGAAUGAAGGCAAAAGGCUGCGAGUUGCUAUAGAAAGAAUGUGCCACCUGAAUCUCAUCUGGGAGUGUCUCGAUAACCUUAAGCAGUGCAGCCUUCUUUAUAGUGGUGAAUACAAAGCCGGAUGA